CUUCUCUUCAUCCAUUUAAAAAAAAGACUUGUGCCAAUUGAAGACAUGUAAUGUUGUCCCGGGCCCCUCUCCUAUACUGUUUUUGCUUCCAUCGUGCAGUAAUAGCAUGCCCGAAACUGGAUCGGAUCCAUGCGUAUAACAGUACGUAUGACAGCUGCUCAUUUGGGUGGUUUGUCCACUUUACAAUGGAGCCCGGCCCCUUUUCCCCUCUUCUUCUUCUUCCUUCUCCUCCUUAUAGCGAAUCACAUGAGCUAUGUGAUACAGGUAAUGUUUCCUUCAUCUGCUAAGUACAUACUGCUUGUCAGAUGUGUGCAGUUGGGAAAGAGAGAAGGCCGAGCGCAACUGUUGAGGUACCCGCCCACAAAACAAUACACUAUAUAAACAAGAUUCCAUCUUUAGAAAACUCAUAACUUUGUCAUCUCAAGAGGAUGUUGGGAGCACACAGUGUGUGAUAGAGAGAGAGAGAGUGCGUGCGUGCGUGUGUGUGUGUGUAUGCCUGCUGCUGCUGCUCAUGCAAUGUGCAUCUGCAAACCAUUCGAAACUCAUAUGUACUACAAGGACGCUUCGUAUCUUUAUGGAAAUAGAGACCCCGCGGUUGGCUCUUUUUGAGAGAGAGAGAGAGAGAGAAACCUUAUUGAAUGGCUAUGACUCUAUGAUACUUGAUAGUCAUAACUUCUGGAAAGGAAAUGAUCGUGCUCUUUACGGAAAUGAGAG